CGGCGGCCAUUUUCGGAGGGAGGAGACUACCGCGACGGCUGUGGACGCUCAGAGAGAGCGGGCUGGAGGGCGGGAGCAGGAGCCUGAGGGGACUGAACGCGGCGCGGGCGGUGGCUGCUGCGGAACGUUGUUGGCGGCUGGAGGGCUACCUCUUCCCUGCUCUUUUGCGUCUCCUUUCCCCCAGUGUCCUCCCAAUCGACUGAAGGGGCGCAAUGUCCGCGGAGAUCCCAGAGGCGGCCUCGGCUGAGGAGCAAAAGGAAAUGGAAGAUAAAGUAACGAGUCCAGAGAAAGCAGAAGAAGCAAAAUUAAAAGCAAGGUAUCCUCAUCUGGGACAAAAGCCUGGGGGUUCAGAUUUCUUGAGGAAGCGACUGCAGAAAGGACAAAAAUAUUUUGACUCUGGGGAUUACAACAUGGCUAAAGCAAAGAUGAAGAACAAGCAGCUUCCUACUGCAGCAGCUCCUGACAAAACAGAGGUCACUGGUGACCACAUUCCUACUCCGCAGGAUCUUCCACAGCGGAAACCAUCCCUUGUUGCUAGCAAGCUGGCUGGCUGAUUAAAAGAGCUGAACUGCAUGAAAUUCCUCAUUCCUGUUAUUUCUCUCAAACAUGUUACUUCUUGGCUUUUUUUCCUUCCAUACACUAAGUCAUUGAGACUGACAGCUUUGCAGGUAGCGGUAGUGUAUGCUGCUAUUGUUAAGGGAGUAAACUUUUAAAAAUAAACUGUAGUACUUUGGACUAGUUGAACAAUGCACUGAUGAAAAGGACACAUGUUAGAGCAAUGUAAAGUAAUCUACUUGAAAAUAAAUGUAUAUAUUGCCUAUUCCUUAGUGUAGGACUGGUUCCAGCAAGUAACAAGCAAGUUUUACAGUUUAACUGUUUUGGCUUUCCUUAUUCCUCUUAAUUACAGCUUUAUAUGUUUGUGUUAUUUAAUAUAAUCUAUUGUGUUGCUUUUUUCUGUA